UAAAUAUCCUCCUCCUUCCAAGCAAUAUUUCAUGCCUCUUGUUCUCAAGUCCACACAAGUUAACAGGAGUUCAAUGACUUUACCAUCAGAUAUCAUUCAAGCAGCACCACUUCAUAUUACCUUCAAUAGUGGAUAUGUACCUCCUGGUUUCUUCACUCGUUUUGUGGUUGUACUUGCAAGCAAAAUUGAGCUUUGUUUUGAAAAAGGUGUCUACAGAAACCAUGUUACACUCCGUUAUCAGGAUCCCAACAGCACCAGUAUUGAGCAUGUAGUAGUCACCGAUUGUACUGAUGUUAUUCAGAUCAAUGUACAACAUCAUCAUCUUGAUCACGAAUUAGUUUCCUUCACAAAAAUAUGUCAAGAUAUUCAUGGUUAUUUAGAAGAUGCAGCAAAGGAAGUUGAAGAACUACUAAUGAAGUGUGCCAGUGGAGGUACUACCAAUAACAAGUCAACUCAAUAUGUAUUCAAGCACGAGUUCAAGUAUGUCUGCACUAGCUGCCCAACUACAACUCCACUUCAUUACAUAACACUUCCGCCAACAACUUCAACUCAGGAUUCUCAAGUGUUUUGUGACGAAAAUACGAAUGACUACCGAGUUCUUACUGAACAAGAGAAAGUUUGGUUUAAAGACACCAGUCAGUCAACACCAGCAACACAAAUGCCACCCACAGCAACAGCAAAGUCACCAAAAAGAAAUAAUUCCAAGAGGAGAAUCAAAAAGGGAGUUCAUUCUCAUGAGUCUGAUGUGAAACUGCUAGACAUUAGUGAUCUUGAUUAUGUCAUUGAAGAGUUACAGUCAAUUGAUUACACUGAGUGGAAAACACUGGGUGUCCACUUAGGACUGUACCACACUACGCUGGAAGCCAUUAAAGCAGAUCAUGGAAGUGUUAAAAAGUGUCUAAUGGAGUGCAUGGCUGCCUGGUUAAAGAAAGAAGAUAAAGUGAGAGAGAAAGGAGGUCCCAGUUGGUUAUCAUUAGCUACGGCACUGGAAAAAAUUGGAACAGAUGGCAUUGCUAUUAACAUUAGAGCGAAGUAUUGUAGGCCAUAAUUUUUGCUGCUGUUAUAGUUUUUUAGAUUAGUACUUUUGUAGUAUUAGUUUUUUGUAGUAUCAGACUAUUUUUCGUAUUUUGUAGCAUUAGACUUAGUACUGAUUUUUUGUAGUUUCACAAAUACUUACUGCUGCUUUGUUGUGACUUAAAAUCAAAAUUUUUCAUGAUGU